GUUAUAUCCACAAGAAGAGCCAAGACCAAGAAUAUCCUUCAUAUGUUGUCCUCAAUGAAAUCAUCCAUUGACCUCGCCGCCAUUAUUCAUCGAUGUCCCCAAAACAGAGUGAGUCAGCUGACGCCGAGUUUAUUAUUCCUUAUCAUCUUCAAAGUUCAUAAUUGAACAGCCGCUGUCAUUCAACAAAAGAAAGGCAGUGCAAGAAAUCAUUUGAAGAAAUGUGCUACGAGGCGAAGUGCUCGAGUUGCGGCAAGACUGGUUGGGGAGGAUGUGGAAGCCACGUGCCUUCUGUUUAUAAGCGUAUUCCUCAAGGUCAACACUGCCUUUGCCGUGAUUGGCCCGGCGUCGAUCCUAAUAAUCCCGACGCUCACUCCUCUUCGUCUUCCUCCUGUACUGUUCUGUAAUUUCUGUGUAAUCUUCUUGUUUUUGUGAUUCCCUGUGUAAUAAAUAUGACUCUUGCUAUAACUGUUGACUUAUUUCUUUUGAAAUGGAUUUUGAUUAGUUUUUGAAUUUCUGUAUGUUUCUUGAUUAUGCUGCAAAUUAACUGAACUACCCGAGCUUAAUUAGUUUAAGAAUGUUCAUGAUUGGUCAAUGAAUUCGGUGUUUAAAAUGAAAAGAUAAAAGAUUAAGUCUCAGUUGAAGAUAAUCUAAUCUAACCUGAGUCUGUCUUCUUGUUCGUGAGAAGAUAGUUAUGUAGGAAACCAAACUUUUUCUGAAAAACAACAAUCACUUCUUCUCAACGACAAUCUCAAUUACUUCAAGGAUUAUGUAUUGUUGCUGUAAAGAUUGAACUCUUUUAUUUGGCUGCAAAAAAAAAUCUUUUGACAACCAUUUUCUUGAGAGUUACAACAAAACAUCUGAAAUUAUGGUUCUUAAUAUUAGCUCCACUGCCUUUAUGUAUGUAAUGAAAUGUUGUGGAGGUGCAAGCUUUCACCCGGCGAGUUACUUGAAUUUAUGUAUGCCAUUCUCUUCUGUCUUGAAUUUUGGUCAGCUAAUAGUUGAAAGUUUAGAAGCAUACAAGACGACUCUGCCAAAUUAUUAUUUCGUCCUGAGGCAAAUGGACCGUGAAUGAGAUGGAGAGCGGACAGGAUUUGUAUGCCUGUAAAGCUUACCGUCUCAGCUAAUGGAAAAUGGGUCAUGGAAAAAAGUUUGCUCACUGCUUGCAUUCUAUUGUUAGUUUAUUGCAGCCAAUUGGUCGUAGGACUCAAUUCCACUCUGCAGGGUUUCUCUUCAAAUAAAGGGUUUUUGAUACAUUCGACUCCAAGGAAGCAGAGCUGUUCUAAAUCUUAUACUAUCUCCCGAGUUUAUGAUUCUGGUUGAAAAUUAUUUUGAGAUUUGUUGUGUGACUUCAUCAAUUUGUAAACUUUUUAUUGAGCUUAUGGUUUUAAAUAUUGAAAACACCACAAAUCUUUCUUAUAUAGAGUUUGUUUGGCAGGAAAUUCGAUUCUUAAAUUUUGUUAGCAAUAAAUACUAACGUUUUUUCAUUCAAUUAUGAAAGAGUGGAGCAGAACCCAUUGAUCAGGUUGUUGAGAAUGAGACCCAUCGUGCAUUUCCGGGGGAGUUGGAAGCAUAAAAGCUAUAGCAAACUAUGCUAUGGAUAAAACAAUAUGCACUCCAGCAUUGAGAGGGACAAUUAUAGCUCGCUGCAGAGGGUUUCAGCACUGUUUUUUUGGGCUAAAAAUUCUGGAGUAAGAACAGUCACAAUACGUGGAUCAAAACAAAGAAAGAUAUGAUGAUUCAAAGAAGUGCAAGAGGAUUACGCAGUCUGAUGCAAACUUUUCGAGUUAAUUCUUUUCAUUCAAAGCUCGGAGCUUACUUCAACUAUACAACUUCUCCACAGCAAGUGUUUGAACAACACGCAUACAGUGAUGAUGAAUAUGCUGAUAUUGAUUGGGACAAUCUCGGAUUCAGUUUCGUGCAAACUGAUUACAUGUACUCCAUGAAAUGUUCUAAAGAUGAGCGGUUUGAGGAAGGACAGCUGACUCGAUAUGGCAACAUUGAGCUGAGCCCUUCUGCAGGAGUCUUGAACUAUGGGCAGGGAGUUUUUGAAGGCACAAAAGCAUAUAGAAAAGAAGAUGGGAACAUUCUUCUAUUUCGACCAGAUCAAAAUGCUAUCAGAAUGAAGAUUGGUGCUGAAAGAAUGUGUAUGCCUUGUCCCUCCAUUGAUCAAUUUGUUGAUGCGGUGAAACAAACUGCUCUUGCUAACAAGCGUUGGGUUCCUCCUGCAGGAAAAGGUACUUUAUAUAUCAGGCCAUUACUUAUGGGAAGCGGUCCUGUUUUAGGUUUAGCACCAGCACCUGAAUACACAUUCCUAAUUUAUGCUUCACCUGCUGGAAACUAUUUCAAAGAUGGUUUGGCACCGUUGAAUAUCUAUGUUGAAGACGAAUACGACCGAGCUUCGCGAGGCGGAGUUGGAGGAGUGAAAACAGUUAGUAAUUAUGCUCCGGUUUUGAAAGCAAUGAACAGAGCAAAGAACAGAGGAUUUUCUGAUGUCUUGUAUCUUGACUCUGUGCAUAAGAAAUACUUAGAGGAAGUCUCUGCUUCUAACAUUUUCAUUGUUAAGGGUAAUGUGAUUUCAACUCCUACUACAAAUGGCACCAUUCUUCCGGGAAUCACUAGGAAAAGCAUCAUAGAAAUUGCACAAGAUCUUGGAUAUGAGGUGGAGGAACGUCUAAUUCCAGUAGAUGAACUGGCGAAUGCAGAUGAAAUAUUUUGCACUGGAACUGCUGUAGUUGUUGCUCCUGUCGGCAGCAUUACAUAUCGACACAAAAGAAUGGAAUACAGCACAGGAGCUCAAACAAUAUCCUGGAAGCUGUACUCGAAUCUUGUAGGAAUACAGAUGGGUCUGAUCAGGGAUACCAAGGGAUGGACUGUUGAUGUACAAUAAUUAUUUUUAUUUUUUGACGCAUCAAAUUUUUUAAAGAAUGUAAUGUCCUAAUUCUAUUAAACUAGGUCGCGUGUUGCGAGAGAAAAGUCAAAAUCAAAGAUAGUUUGAAUUAUUAACAA